CUCCUCCCCGGCGCCGCGGGGAGGAAGAUGGAGACGCACAUCUCGUGCCUGUUCCCCGAGCUGCUGGCCAUGAUCUUCGGCUACCUGGACUUGCGCGACAAGGGGCGCGCGGCGCAGGUGUGCACGGCCUGGCGGGACGCCGCCUACCACAAGUCGGUGUGGCGGGGGGUGGAGGCCAAGCUGCACCUGCGCCGGGCCAACCCGUCGCUGUUCCCCAGCCUGCAGGCCCGGGGCAUCCGCCGGGUGCAGAUCCUGAGCUUGCGCCGCAGCCUCAGCUACGUGAUCCAGGGCAUGGCCAACAUCGAGAGCCUCAACCUCAGCGGCUGCUACAACCUCACCGACAACGGGCUGGGCCACGCGUUCGUGCAGGAGAUCGGCUCGCUGCGCGCGCUCAACCUGAGCCUCUGCAAGCAGAUCACCGACAGUAGCCUGGGCCGCAUCGCCCAGUACCUCAAGGGCCUGGAGGUGCUGGAGCUGGGCGGCUGCAGCAACAUCACCAACACUGGCCUCCUGCUCAUCGCCUGGGGCCUGCAGCGCCUCAAGAGCCUCAACCUCCGCAGCUGCCGCCACCUCUCGGACGUGGGCAUCGGGCACCUGGCCGGCAUGACGCGCAGCGCGGCCGAGGGCUGCCUGGGCCUGGAGCAGCUCACGCUGCAGGACUGCCAGAAGCUCACGGACCUGUCCCUGAAGCACAUCUCUCGGGGACUGACGGGCCUGAGGCUCCUCAACCUCAGCUUCUGCGGGGGCAUCUCGGACGCCGGCCUCCUGCACCUGUCGCACAUGGGCAGCCUGCGCAGCCUCAACCUGCGCUCGUGCGACAACAUCAGCGAUACGGGCAUCAUGCACCUGGCCAUGGGCAGCCUGCGCCUCUCGGGGCUGGACGUGUCCUUCUGCGACAAGGUGGGGGACCAGAGCCUGGCUUACAUCGCGCAGGGACUGGACGGCCUCAAGUCCCUGUCCCUCUGCUCCUGCCACAUCAGCGACGACGGCAUCAACCGCAUGGUGCGGCAGAUGCACGGGCUGCGCACGCUCAACAUCGGCCAGUGCGUGCGCAUCACGGACAAGGGCCUGGAGCUGAUCGCGGAGCACCUGAGCCAACUCACCGGCAUCGACCUGUACGGCUGCACCCGCAUCACCAAGCGCGGCCUGGAGCGCAUUACGCAGCUGCCCUGCCUCAAGGUACUCAACCUGGGCCUCUGGCAGAUGACGGACAGUGAGAAGGUCAGAGGCGACUGUCAUCCCUCAACGUUUUGGGACGGAAAGAAAGGAAUUGGGGUUGAGAACCUGUGCUGUGCUUUGCCUGGUCCUUGUACACAUCUAGUCCUCAAAGUGGCCUGCUGAAAGGUACCCUCUUUUCCAGGAGUGGCUCUGACAUUGCCUGCUGGAGCUGCCUGUACUGAGUGCUGGGUACCACACUCAGCUGCUCCUCCAGUCUAGGGGCAAGACGGAGUUGGCCAAGAGCAGGAGACACAGCCCCAGGUGGGGUAUGUUAACACCACCCUCUGCAAGGAAAACAGAAUCCACGCGGAAUUUCUCUACCUCCUGUAUGUUAACACAGAAAUGUGCACAUACUUUCUUAAAAGAAGACUUAAAAGCAUUUUAUGAGCUCGUCACCCUUCCACUCUGUGUAAGCAACAAAUGCCCCUUGUCCCUGUGUGUGCACUUUCAUCUGUGAGUGUGAACAGCCUCUGGGUCACACAUGCCGGGUAGGAUGUGGAUGCCGCCCCCGGAUGCACGGAAUCGGGACCCUGUGUGGCUUCCCAGUCUCACAAUUCCUGUUUUCCCAAAUCUGGUAGAUACCAGACAUUUCAUUUUAGAAAUGGGGAAGGAGGCUUGACGAGGGUGAAAGACUGUGCCCAGGUGUCCGCCCCAGGCGUUCCCCAUCAGCGAGGAGGCCUGUCCCCAGCCAGCGGGAGCCAGAUCCUGGUUGUUGAACUGUUGCUAAGCAACACCAGACACCCCG